AUGGAGAAUGCUACGCAUCAUGAGAAACAGAAGGCGGCAUUCACACUGAAGAGGUUUCAUAUUUCUGAAGAUUAUGGUUUCCUUCUUCCAAAUCCAUUGAAAGAACUUCCUCCUUUCUAUAGUCCAUGGAUGGAGAUUGCUCACAGGUUGGCUUCCUUGAUUGAGAGCCAUCAACUACGUUCCCAGGUCCACAAGAUGCCUCUUCUAAGCUGCCAGUACCUCCAAGGCCACCGAGAACUCUAUUUGGCCCACCUGGUCCUCAGUUUCAUCACAAUGGGCUACGUCUGGCAGGACGGUGAAAAAGAGGUCCCCAAGGUCUUGCCACGAAAUCUGGCCAUCCCUUUUGGAGAAGUCUCUGAGAUGCUAGGUCUGCCUCCGAUCCUGGUCCACACAGAUUUUGUUUUGGUGAACUGGAAGAAAAAAAAUCCCCAGGGGCGGCUGGAAAUUGAGAAUCUGGAGCCCAUUGUGACCUUUCCUGGAGGGAAAAGUACAGUUGGGUUCAUCCUUGUCAGUUUACUGGCAGAGAAAGUUGCUGCACCAGGACUCAAGGCAAUUGCCAAAGCGGUGAAUGGACUUCUUCAGCCAAAUGACAAAAUCCUGGCUGAAGCAUUGCAAGAAGUGACAAACACACUUCAAGAAAUGACCAAAACUCUGAAGAAAAUGCAUGAUCACGUUGAUCCUUCAGUAUUUUAUGGAGUGACAAGAAUAUUUUUUUCUGGUUGGAAAGAUAACCCCGUGUUACCCGAAGGGCUGCUGUAUGAAGGCCUUUGCGAAGAACCUCUGGCAUAUUCUGGGGGCAGUGCGGCUCAGAGCUCCACCCUGCAUGCCUUCGAUGAGCUGCUUGGUAUCCAACAUCAGAAAGAAAGUGCUGGAUUUUUGCACAGGAUGAGAAAAUACAUGCCUCCUCAUCAUCAGGCCUUCAUUGAAGAAAUCCGAUCUGUUCCUCGACUGAAGGAUCACGUCUUAUCUUCUGCAAACCAAGACCUUCAGUCCACAUACAACAAGUGUGUGGCUGCUCUUUCUGAGCUAAGGACCUACCAUAUCACCUUGGUCACCAAGUACAUCGUUAUAGCAGCCAAAAAAGCCAAGAACAACAUUUCUCAAACCACGAGUCCUCCAUCUUUCCUGGAAGUGGUAGGGACUGGGGGUUCACGGGUUCUGAAAUUCUUAAAAAGUGUCCGGGACACAACAAAAGAAGCUAUGAUACAACUCUAA